AUGUUUUGGUGACGUCAUUGUAGCUGAAGGGAAGACAGCCAGUGGGUGGGCAGGGCUGUGGUCCUGCUUUCGGCUUUUUACAUCGCGAAUUGCUCUUCUACGAAUAUUCAAACCUCAUAUAGGAAUACACAAACCUCACAGGAUGAGUUAGAGGCUGUAUAUCGUGUGUGCCAGUGCACUGAAACAUGGGUCGUUGCAGUGUCCACGUCCUUCUGCUGCUCUUGCUGCAGGCCCUGCAGACAUCAGCUGAGGGCCCAGAUGGACUAUUGGUGUGUCUGUGUGAUAGCCCAAAAUGCCUCCAGGACACCCAGUGCCACGGUACCCGGUGCUUCUCCUCGGUCAAAGUGGGCAGCAGCGGGAUGGAGUUUGACCAUGGCUGCAUGGAUGAUCCAGAGAAAAUCAGUUUGCAAUGCUCCACAGCUCCAUCCUUCUACCAUGUCAUUUUCUGCUGCUCUCAGGACAUGUGCAACGGCAACACCACCAGGAGUUCGCUGAUUGCGCUGCUUCCAUCAGUCCCAGAAGGCAAGCCAGUUCCCUAUCGUGUGGAGACCUUAGCUCUCUUUGUACUCGGUCCAGUGGUGGUCCUGGUUCUGCUGUCUGUAGUGUCAGUUCUGGCCUGCAGGAGGCUCCAUCACGGUCGUCUGCAGAGGCUGCAGGAGUUUGACACUGAGCAGGGAGCCAUAGACGGCCUCAUCACCUCCAAUGUGGGAGACAGCACUUUAGCGGACCUGUUGGACCACUCAUGCACAUCAGGCAGUGGUUCAGGUCUUCCCUUCCUCGUCCAGAGAACUGUGGCCAGGCAGAUCAGCCUGAUGGAGUGUGUAGGCAAAGGAAGGUAUGGAGAGGUGUGGCGGGGCCAGUGGCAGGGGGAGAACGUGGCUGUGAAAAUCUUCUCCUCAAGAGAUGAGAAGUCCUGGUUCAGGGAGACAGAGAUCUACAACACUGUGCUGCUAAGACAUGAAAACAUACUGGGCUUCAUGGCAUCUGACAUGACUUCUCGCAACUCCAGCACCCAGCUGUGGCUCAUCACCCAUUACCAUGAGAACGGCUCGCUUUAUGACUACUUGCAGCGAGUUGCCGUGGAGACAUCAGAGGGCUUGGCCAUGGCGGCGUCGAUAGCCUGCGGCCUGGUGCACCUGCACACGGAGAUCUUCGGCACCGAGGGCAAACCGGCCAUCGCACACCGGGAUCUGAAGAGCAAAAAUAUCCUCGUCACUAAGGAGCUGCGUUGCUGCAUCGCAGACCUCGGGCUGGCUGUGACCCACUUCCAGGCAGACAACCUGCUGGAUGUGGGCAACAAUCCGAAGGUUGGCACCAAGCGUUACAUGGCACCCGAAGUGCUGGACGAGACCAUUCAGACAGACUGCUUUGAUGCCUAUAAGAGAGUGGACAUCUGGGCCUUUGGGCUGGUGCUGUGGGAGAUAGCAAGACGCACAUACAGCAAUGGUAUUGUUGAGGAGUACAAGCCUCCAUUCUAUGAUCAGGUGCCAAAUGACCCCAGCUUUGAGGACAUGAGGAAGGUGGUGUGUGUGGAGCAGCAGAGGCCUUUCAUUCCUAAUCGUUGGUUCUCUGAUCCUACUCUUUCUGCUUUGGUGAAACUGAUGAAAGAGUGCUGGUACCAGAACCCCUCUGCAAGGCUAACAGCACUGCGCAUAAAGAAAACCCUGGACAAGAUUCACAGCUCUCUGGAGAAGGGCAAGGAGUCGUGAGAGGGAGAGGAGCCCCGGAGGCAGCUGCCUGAUGUCAGGGAUCGGCUUGGAGAGGAGCCUAUCGUUUGAGAAAGGAUGAUAAUGGGGGACGGACAUAGGACCGGAGGAAAAAGUUGUUCAAGUGUCAUCCAGCCUCAUCCUUCUCUUGCUCUCAUUAUCUCUGUGGUUGCCUUCCACUGACAUCCCUCUCUCUGACUUGAAGCCCACAGACGUUUGGACCUGUCCUGUGUGAAUAAGCCAGCCUUUGUUACAGGACACAAACUCAUUGCCAUUGUGCUCGCACUGACCUGAACUUUAGACUGUUACUGAGUGUGAAGAACAUGGAUGGCAUAUUGUAGUACUCCAUCCCAAAAUGCUUUAACGCCCAUCUCAGACUGCACACACACCAAACACUACACACUGAGUGUCUCUUACAAUUCAAUUUCUGAUCCCCAGCCAGUGUUUUUGGCAUGCGGUCGUGGCAUUCUGCUCAGAGACAAUCAGAAGUGUUUCACUCAUUUAGCUUUAUCAAAACAUGCCAACUAUCGCAACAAACACACACUACAAACCACAGAAAUAUUUCCACUGACUAAAGGAAAAGAGCCAAUAGAAUCAAAUUUGUUUUUCAACUUUUUAAAAAAGUAUAUUUAUUAAAUCUCCACUGCGACCACACUACUGAGGAUAUGUAAGACUGAUGGGGCGUGAAACAGACUAUAAAUAUAUAGGCAUUUACUCUACUGGACGUUCUGUACCCAUAUUGUCAUUAUUGGAGCUAGUACGACAUGAUUUGUUGAGAAAUAGGAGAGAAAAGUAGGAAAUUGUUCCCGCUGAGAUGUACAGAGGAAAAAACAGGAUAAGAUACUACAGAUACACAAUUAUCCUGAUGGUUCCUGGAGUAGACACACAGUAAGUACCUGCCAAUAGGCAUUAGUCUGUAUCUUAUAAUAAGAAAAUGAUCCUCUCUGCAGGGCACACCUCGUAAACUCACUGUGGCUCUCCUGUGCAGGCAGAGAGGAAUCGAGGAAGACUUGUUUGUGAUAGAGCUGACGUUUUUUUUUUAAGAUACCGGAGGUGAAGUUGUUUUCAGUAGCAAGGUGGGCUUCCAUUAACUCCUCCCAUCAUGCCACACUGUACAAGUUGCCUGAAUAACAAGAAAAAAAAACCACUGUCUUCAUUUGGAAGCUGUUUUAUUCAAGAUUCAUUUUCAACAGAUAAAGUUGCCUAGCUGUGCAGUUACAGAUGAAUUUGUUCACAAAUACUGGGUUUGUUUUGGAAGAAAUGUUGCUCUGUCUUUUUUAUAUGUAAUAAAACAUUUACUGCACUC